GUUGCUCAACAAAGCACGCACUUAGCAUACAUAGCGAACAUUUGCAUUUGCCAUUUGCAUUUGCAUUUGGCUUCGAAGGUGCAGUCCCAUCAUUCGGUACGGUCGCAAACAGAGCAGUCUGUGAACGUUGAAGUCGAAACAAUCUGUCUCAGUUAUGACUGACCUAAUCACUAUCAGUCACAGACCACAAUAAUAGAAGACUUGAUGGAUCCUCAUUUCAAUAACGAUGUUAAAUUCAACCAACUUGCCAACUCCCUCGAUGUAGAGGAUCAGUGCCUUGACCCUGCAAAUAGGAUAAUGAAAACCCUCGACUUUGGAUUCAUGGAUAAUCCGUUUCUUCUUCCACCUUAUCCAAACGCAGUUCAAACUACUUCCGAGGAAGACUCUCCCUUGGAUGAGACUGAUUUUUCUGCCACAGUCUUACGCUACAUAAACCAAAUGCUUAUGGAAGAGGACAUGGAAGAGAAGCCAUGUAUGUUCCAUGAUUUCUUGGCUCUGCAAGCUGCUGAGAAAUCACUCUAUGAUGUCAUUGGUGAGACAUACCCUUCUUCUUCUUCGUCCAUCCAAAACUAUCACAAUGUGGAAACCCCUGAUGGUAGUAACUUCAGUGGUUAUAGUAGUAGUGGUACAACUAGCACUAGUAACUCGGUUGAGUCUCACUGGAGUAACAUUGAUCUUACUGACUAUAAGCAUUCUAUGCUGCAAACCACUUUUCCUGCUGACUUUGUUUUCCAGGCCAGUUCACAACCGUCUAUGAAAACCACUAGCACCUUCACUGUAACUGAUGCUGGAUUCUUGGCAAGCUCUGCUGCUGGAUUUUUAGAUUCAAGUUCAUCAUUGCUUAGCAAGAGUGAGUCUGUGCUGCAAUUUGAGAGAGGCGUGGAGGAAGCCAGUAAGUUUCUGCCUAAAGGGAAUCCAUUGAUUAUUGACCUAGAGAAUGGCUCCUUUAUCCCUUCUUUUAGUAAGGUUCCUCAGCAAUUGGAGGUUAAGAUGGAGAGAGAUGAAAGGGAGCAUCUUUCUGCUGAGUCAAGAGGGAGGAAGAACCAUGAGCGGGAAGAUGAAGCAGAUUUACAAGAUGGGAGGAGCAACAAGCACUCUGCUGUUUACUCGGACGACAGUGAAAUAUCAGAAUUGUUUGAUAAGGUUCUGUUGGGAACGAGGUGUGGAAACGAGGCAGCUCCAUUGUGUAAUUUUAAGGAAGACCAACCUAAUGGAGCAGAUGCGAGUGUGCAGCAGAAAGAAGAAACAACCAAGUUUGGUGGUGGAAAGAGCCGUGUUAAGAAACAAGGCAAUAAGAAGGGAGUUGUGGAUCUCAGGACACUAUUGAUUCUAUGUGCACAGUCUGUUUCUUCUGAUGAUCGUGUAACUGCUAAUGAAAUAUUAAGGCAGAUACAGCAACAUUCUCAUAUGCUGGGUGAUGGAACUCAGAGGCUGGCCAACUGCUUUGCAAAUGCCCUUGAAGCACGAUUGGCUGGCGCUGGAACUCAGAUCUAUACUGCUUUAUCCUCCAAAAAAACGUCUGCUGCAGACAUGGUGAAAGCUUACCAAAUGUAUAUUUCAGCCUGUCCAUUCAAGAAGCUUGCAUUCAUUUUUGCAAACCAUACAAUUUUGCAUCUAGCCAAGGAUGUAGAGACUCUUCAUAUUGUAGAUUUUGGCAUCCGUUAUGGCUUCCAGUGGCCUGCUCUUAUUUAUCGUCUAUCAAAACGACCUGGUGGCCCCCCCAAGCUGCGCAUAACAGGGAUAGAGCUUCCACAACCUGGUUUCAGGCCAGCAGAGAGAGUCCAGGAGACAGGACUUCGCCUUGCAAGGUAUUGUGAUCGCUUUAAUGUUCCAUUCGAGUUCAAUGAUAUUGCACAGAAAUGGGAAACCAUCAAAAUUGAGGACUUGAAGAUAAAGGAAAAUGAACUUCUUGCAGUGAAUUGUAUGUUUCGAUUUCAGAAUCUACCUGAUGAGACAGUUGUGUUGAAUAGUCCCAGGGAUACUGUUUUGAAAUUAAUAAGGAAAGCAAAUCCUGCUAUCUUUAUACAUGCUACCGUCAAUGGAAGCUAUAAUGCCCCAUUCUUUGUGACACGGUUCCGGGAGGCUCUUUUCCAUUAUGCUACAUUGUUUGAUGUGCUUGAUACCAAUGUUGCUCACGAUGAUCCAAUGAGGUUGAUGUUUGAGAGAGAGUUCUUUGGGAGGCAGGUAAUGAACAUUAUAGCUUGUGAGGGUUCUGAGAGGGUUGAGAGGCCUGAAACAUACAAGCAGUGGCAGGUUCGGAACAUGAGAGCUGGAUUUAGGCAACUACCCUUGGAUCAACAACUCAUUAACAAAUUAAGAUGCAAGUUGAAAGCUGUGUACCACAGUGAUUUCAUGCUUCUUGAAGAUGCCAAUUAUAUGCUGCAAGGUUGGAAGGGCCGAGUAGUUUAUGCUUCCUCCUGUUGGGUACCUGCAUAGUGCAUUGGGCUUGACAACGUUCUUCCCAGAGUAAUUAGGAUAAGCGUUGCAUGAGUUUGUAGGGGAGACAUGGUCCAUUCAGAAAUGUGGGAAACAUAACUUGCACUUCCCAAAAGUCUUAUAGUGGACAUAUUCUAGAAGCUGACCCUGCUGCUGCUAGUAGCAUAGCACAGUUCAGUUUCAGUAGCCAGAAUAUUUUAAUUGGUUAAGUGUGUAUCAUAUAACGGAUGCUUGUGAAUGAACAUAUUUUGGAUGUUGAACUCUUCCUUCUUGAAUUCCUGGGAUAGAAUAGGCAGUCAUAAGUAACAGAAUA